GGCCAACAACGCUUCAGCCCUUUUUCUCAGUCUCAAGUCCAGAAAUUGAUGAGAAGCCCGCGAGCCACAAGGAAGAAAGAUGCAUCUCUUCGCUAUCCUCCUUCUUUUCUCAAUUGCACUGGAAAGCGACCAGUCGACCACUUCCUUGUUCCCUCUUCUCUGCUUGUUCACUUUUCGUUCCUUAAUUACAAGCCAGCAUUUUCAGUUGGGCUUUCAUUUAAUUUCUUCAAUUUCUAGCGCUCUCCCUCUACUUCUUAAAUCUUUCAGUUGGGAUUUCUCUUUCCCUUCCCUUUUAAGCCUGUUCAUCUCCCUCUGAUUUCUCUGCUUCAUUCUCUCCUCUGUUUUGAGUGUUUCAGGGUCUGGGCUUUGAAGGGUCUCUGCUUUUUCUACCAUGGGGUGGUUCUUUAAGACCCAACGUGUCAUCUACAAGCCUGUAGAGGAAGUUGAUCUUAGCCCAGAUAGCGAUGAGGUUUAUCUCCGGGCAAAUGGGGUUUUAAUCCCAUCGCCUUUUCCUUGCUGUGUUAUCGUUUGUUUCCUGUGCAUGACAAAUAAUUCUGCGUUGUUACCAUCAGGCUGUGAAGUUAUUUAAUUGUUGUGAGAUUUGUAUAGCAUCAAUUUUACACUCAAGAAAAUGGAUGAUAGAAAGGACAAGAAUGGUAAUGGGACAGAAGAAAGAGGGCUUUUUUCACACCUUGCUCAUGGUCUUGCUGGACAUCCUCCUGGACAUUAUCCACCAUCACCAUGGGCAUAUUCUCCACAAGGCUACCCCCCACAGGGCUACCCUCCACAGGGCUACCCUCCACAAGGCUAUCCCCCACAUGGAUAUCCUCCCCAAGGUUACCCACCACAAGGCUACCCACCAGCAGGAUAUCCUCCACCACCAGGUGCAUACCCUCCAGCCGGUUAUCCUGUUCCAUCUGCUCCACAUUAUGGAGGACCCAGUUCUAGCACGGGGGCAUUGCUAGCUGGAGGUGCUGCUGCUGCUGCUGCCGUUUAUGGAGCUCACCAGUUGUCACAUGGUGCUCAUCAUCUGAUGCAUGGCCCCCAUUAUUUCCACGGUUUCCACAAGCAUGGCAAGUUCAAGCACCAUGGCAAGUUUUUUAAGCAUGGAAAGUUCGGCAAACGCUGGAAACAUGGGAUGUUUGGAAAGCACAAGUUCAUGAAGUGGAAGUAAUCAUCCUCUUUUAAGAGGGAGAAAACUUUGGCUGCCUAUGUUCCACAGCCUGGGCUGCCAACAGGGCAGGUUACUUCACCGAGCAAUGCAUGCAGCAGCAGCAACACUGUUACACCAAACUUGUGUCAGCUAACGUGUUAAACAGGGAGAGCCCGGUUGACGGAUCAGGCUGCUGAACUUGCACAGCCAAGUUUUUUUCUCUUGGAGGACUAACUGCACUAAUGUUUGGUUGCUACUAUUACUACAGAUUCUGGGUUUUGAAACAUUAUCUCCUAUUAAGGAUUGUAAUUACGAGUUUAACUUGUUACUAUUGCUUUUCUAUGGGAUUUACUUGAUUAAAUAAACCAGCUAUCCUUCCUUCCAA